UAUAUAUCAAUCCCAACUCAAAGACUAUGCACCAAGACUCUUCAUUGCACUCAACAUAAUUCACUUCCCAAUCAAUAAAUUCCACGAUUACUUACCACCAAUGCUCACCUUCACUCUUUACCUCUUCACCGUCCUCCUCCUCACCACCAUCGCCACCACAGCAGCACCCUACACUCCCACCUUUUAUGUCCUCCUCAACUGCGGCUCCUCCACCAAUACUACCGACUCCAACGGCCGCAACUGGGACGGCGAUGUCCUCUCCAAAUUCUCACUCUCCAACACCUCACCAAACACUUCUUCACCCUCCACCGCCUCCCACCAAGAUCCCUCCGUCCCCCAAGUCCCCUUCAUGACCGCCCGCAUCUUCCACUCCCCAUUCACCUACACCUUCCCUGUCACCGCCGGCCCCAAGUUCCUCCGCCUCUACUUCUACCCCACCACCUACUCCGACCUCGACCUCGACCCCACCCAAUCCUUCUUCUCCGUCACCUCCAAUCACUACACUCUCUUAAACAACUUCAGUGCCUUCUUAACCGUUUCUUCAAUCAAACCACCGGUUGCUUCCCUCAUCAAAGAAUUCAUCCUCAACUUCAGAGACAACCAAACACUCCUUAACAUAACCUUCUCACCAUCUCCCAACUCUUACGCCUUUAUCAACGGUAUCGAACUCCUUUCCAUGCCGGAUAAGCUCUAUAUGCAUGGCAAUGAUGAAGCCAUCACACGCGCCGGUGUUGAUUAUCCCUAUUAUUUUGAUAGCAGCACAGUUCUUGAAACCCUUUACCGGUUAAACGUCGGCGGUAAUACCGUCAGCGUUAACGAUGACACCGGCAUGUUUCGGACGUGGGAACUAGAUGACUUGUAUAUAAUUGGUGGUCUCGGGGUGUCAACUCGCGGGAAUGGUCCGAUCCACUACGGUUCGGCAACACCGGCUUACACUGCACCUGAGAUGGUUUAUAACACCGCAAGGCUUAUGGGCAACCUAAGUUUACACUACAAUUUGACAUGGAGUUUUGGUGUUGAUUCAGGGUUUGAUUAUCUUGUGAGACUUCAUUUCUGCGAUUUUACGGUGGACGGGACUAAAAUUAAUCAGAGGGUGUUCACUAUAUAUCUUAACAGUCAGACGGCUGAGUAUAAAGCUGAUGUAAUUUUCUGGAGUGGUGGUAAUAGUAUUCCGGUUUACAGAGACUAUGUUGUGCGGGUCCCGGAUGUUGGUGGUCGCCGGAUCAAGCAGGACUUGUGGCUCGAGAUGCACCCUAACGUCGAAGACAAACCUGAAUUAUAUGAUGCAAUUCUGAAUGGUGUGGAAUUGUUCAAAUUGAACCGAUCAGACGGUAUUCUCGCCGGACCUAAUCCUGAUUUGGUGGUAUCUGAAACACCGGAACCGAAACGGAAGAUACCAGUGACAUCUACCGGUAAACGCUCGUUGCUCAUUGGGGUGAUUGUCGGAGGUGUAAUUGGAGGGAUAGUAGCAAUGUCAAUUUUGGGUUUCCUCAUUUUCCGGCGACGGCAAAGAGUGAAAGAUUUUAGUAAAAGUGUGACCAAGUCAUCGUGGGUCCCAAUUUCAGUGGCGUCAAGGUCAACAAAGUCAAUAAAGACGGUUGCAUCGCUGCCGUCCGAUCUCUGCCGACACUUCUCGCUGGCGGAGAUUAAAUCCGCUACACGCAAUUUUGAUGACAAUUUUGUUAUUGGCACCGGAGGAUUUGGUAACGUGUAUAAAGGGUUCAUAGAAAAUGAUACUGUGGUUGCGAUCAAACGGUUGAAUCCUGAAUCAAGCCAAGGGGCCCACGAAUUCCAAACUGAGAUCAUAAUGCUGUCUAGGCUGAGACACCUUCAUCUGGUGUCUCUGAUCGGUUAUUGUGCAGAUGAUGGUGAGAUGAUCUUGGUGUAUGAUUAUAUGGCCCACGGGACUCUCCGUGAUCAUCUCUACAAAUCAAACAAUGCUCCUCUCUCGUGGAAUCAGCGCCUUCAGAUCGCUAUCGGUGCAGCACGUGGAUUGCACUAUCUUCAUACUGGUGUGCAGCAGAUGAUCAUUCACCGUGAUGUGAAAUCAACCAACAUUUUGUUGGAUGAGAAAUGGGUGGCUAAAGUUUCUGAUUUCGGGUUGUCAAAAAUGGGUCCAGUUGGGAUGUCCAAAAACCAUGUGAGCACGGUGGUGAAGGGUAGUUUCGGGUACGUAGAUCCAGAAUAUUAUCGACGACAACAAUUGACGGACAAAUCCGACGUUUACUCAUUCGGUGUUGUGUUACUCGAGUUGUUGUGUGCGAGGUCACCUAUUAUUCCGAGCUUACCCAAGGAACAAGUGAGCUUGGCUCAGUGGGGCCGUUAUUGUUAUCGAAAAGGGACCCUUGAUCGGAUCGUUGAUCCAAGUGUGUGGGGUCAGAUUGCACCAGAGUGUUUAAAGAAGUUUGGGGAGAUCGCGAAUAGUUGCUUGCAUGACUUGGGGAUCGAACGGCCAUCGAUGAAUGAUGUCGUGUGGGGACUUGAGUUUGCAUUGCAGCUGCAAGAGACCGCUGAUAGAAAUAUCAACGGUGGAGAUGGAUUUGGUAAGAUGCAGGUUGGUGGGUCCCUUAUGAGUCCUGUUCCGCUUCGAUAUGGAGAGGUAACCACAACCGAUGAUGACGAUGACGUGUUUUCUGGAUCAACUGAACACGUGGCCGGUUCAAAAAGCAGUGGUGUAUCAUCGGUGACUAGUGCUGGACAGAACGUUGAUAAAUUUAAGAUUGAAAAUGUUUUUUCUGAGUUGUUGAAUCCCAAUGGGCGGUGAAUUAGUUAGAAUGUGUGGGACAAUCUUUCCAUGAAUUAUAGAUUUUUAUGUUUUUAGUCAAAUCUUAUGUGGGUUCAUUGUAGGGUUCCGAUUUUGUCUACUAGAUUGACUGAAAAGUCAAGUAGUCCACUAGUCCCGUAUUUACAUUUGUGGUGUUGAGUCAUUCUGUAUCGAUGUAAAAAAAUAAUGAUAAUAAUAAAAAAAUAAAUAUUAUGUAUCAA